AUGGCACCACGUCAACGUCGCCGCCGGUGCCAUCACCAUCAUCGUGUCCGCGCGGCUCCGCCGCCAUGGGCCUAUCUCCAAUCACCUUACGGCGCCUUUAGCUGGCAGAGAUCGGGUCCUGGCCCGGCGCCCGACGGCAGUUUCACCAACAUGGCCUGGGAGCACGGCUUUGGAUUUCCCCGAGGUUAUCAACAGCAGCAGCAGCAGCAGCAGCAGCCACCGCUGCAGCCGGUACAAGCUCAUCAGACUGAUGGGCAUGUCACGGUAGCGACGGCGGCAGUGCCACAACAACCGCAACCUGUAGCGGUGGCUACUGCUGCUGCGGCAGCGACUGCCUCUGCGCCGGUUGCAGCAACGACAACGUGUGACAUGUCAGAAUACGGCGGCCCAGAGGAAUUGUUGUGGUGGUGGGCCUCGAAGUUGUUGUCAUCGCUGUUGAGUUUCGCCGUGUGGCAGUAA